GGGCGGCUGUGUGGAAGGGCCCGAGGGGAGCGGGUGCGCAGAGGGAACCUGCCCCGGGUGCCCGCGGUCGCUCAGAGACCGCUGGUUGCCAGGAGGCCGCUCCAGAUGGUGGGAAAGCCCAGCUCCAUGUGCUGAGGCUGAGGUGUGUGGUGGGUUGACCUUGGCUGGAUGUCAGGUGCUCACCAAGGCACUAUCACUUCCCUCUUCAGCAGGAUGGAAUGAGGGGCAAGAAAACAUGAUGAAAAAUAAAAAACCUUAUGGGUUGAGGUUGUCCACGUGCAGGUAGAAGAAGAGUCUCACAAUGUGUGGUAUCUGGGCCCUGUUUGGGAGCGAUGAGUGCCUUUCUGUGCAGUGUCUAAGUGCCAUGAAGAUAGCACACAGAGGUCCUGAUGCAUUUCGUUUUGAGAACGUCAAUGGCUUCACCAACUGUUGUUUUGGUUUCCACCGGCUGGCGGUUGUUGAUCAGUUAUAUGGGAUGCAGCCUAUCCGGGUAAAGAAGUUCCCAUACCUGUGGCUGUGUUACAAUGGAGAAAUCUACAAUUUCAAACAGCUGCAGAAGCAGUUUGGAUUUGACUAUCAAACAUUAGUGGAUGGUGAGGUUAUCCUUCAUCUCUACAACAGAGGAGGAAUAGAACAAACAGCAUCCAUGCUAGAUGGUGUAUUUGCUUUCAUCCUUCUGGACACUGCAAACAGAAAAGUGUUUCUGGCAAGAGAUACCUAUGGAGUCAGACCACUGUUUAAGGUGCUGACUGAUGAUGGAUUUUUGGGUGUCUGUUCUGAGGCAAAAGGACUUAUCAACUUAAAGCAUUCAACAUCCUUGUGUUCUAAAGUGGAACCGUUUCUUCCGGGUCAUUAUGAAGUGUUGGACUUAAAGCCCUCUGGCAAGGUUGCAUCAGUGGAAUUAGUAAAAUUUCAUAGCUGUAAAGAUGAACCACUCCAUGUUGCAUGUGAUACAGUGGAAGCUCUGCCUUCAGGUUUUGACCUUGACACAGUGAAAAGCAACAUCCGUAUUCUCUUUGAAAAUGCUGUUAGAAAACGUCUGAUGGCUCACAGAAGGAUUGGUUGUCUUCUGUCAGGGGGCUUAGAUUCCAGCUUGGUUGCAGCUGUUCUUCUGAAACUGAUGAAAGAAAUCAACAUCAAUUAUCCAUUACAAACCUUUGCAAUUGGAAUGGAAAACAGUCCUGACUUACUUGCUGCCAGAAAGGUGGCAGCACAUAUAGGCAGUGAACAUCAUGAAGUAAUACUUAAUACUGAAGAGGGGAUUCAGGCAAUUGAGGAAGUUAUCUUCUCGUUGGAAACCUACGAUAUAACAACAAUAAGAGCUUCCAUUGGUAUGUAUCUUGUCUCCAAGUAUAUUCGGAAGAAAACAGACAGUGUGGUCAUUUUUUCAGGAGAAGGAUCAGAUGAGCUGACACAAGGAUAUAUAUAUUUCCAUAAGGCACCAUCUCCCGAGGAAGCAGCAGAAGAGAGUGAGAGGCUUCUGAAGGAGCUCUACCUGUUUGAUGUACUUCGUGCAGACAGAACCACUGCAGCACAUGGCCUUGAACUGAGAGUCCCAUUUUUGGAUCAUCGGUUUACUUCUUAUUAUUUAUCUCUGCCAGCAGAACUGCGAAUCCCAAAGAAUGGAAUUGAAAAAUACCUUUUAAGAUUGUCCUUUGAGGAUUCCAAUUUACUUCCCAAAGAAAUUCUCUGGAGACCCAAAGAAGCUUUCAGUGAUGGUAUAGCAUCAGUAAAGAAAUCCUGGUUUUCCAUUCUUCAGGACUAUAUUGAUCAACAGGUUGAUGACCUUUUACUGGAGAAGGCAGCAGAGAAAUAUCCUUUCAAUCCUCCUAAAACAAAAGAAAGUUAUUACUACCGCCAGAUCUUUGAGAAGCACUACUCAGGGCGGAGCAGCUGGCUGCCCCACUACUGGAUGCCAAGAUGGGUUAAAGCUACUGAUCCUUCUGCACGCACAUUGAAACAUUACAAGUCGGCUACCCAAGAAUAGACUGUUCAAAUAAUCCCCAAAUAAAAGUGCUGCAAGUGUUUUGUGUGCACUCUGCUUUAAGAAAACCAAACAAAUUAUGCAAACCUAAAGCUUAAAUCAUCUUUAAGAUGUACUUUGACAAUGCUAUUGGAAAUGAAAGCUUUCUGUUCUUAGUGUACUAUUAAAAACUUACGCUGCUGUACCAAAACUUUGUAAUUCAUGGGAAAAUACUUUCUGGACAAGGGAUUACUUUAUUUGACGGCUCUGUUCCUUAUGUAACUUUGAUUGUAUUAGUUUUCCUUGAAUUCAUUUAAUAGAUUUUAAUGUGAGCUCUGUUUUGAGGACUUGAAUCAGGCUGAGGGAUGCAAACUGCUGCUGAUGAUCUGAGCAAAGGGGAGCUGGACUCUAUCUGUCUGGUGAUUUGUGUUCCUGGCUGAGAGACUUGGAAGUAUCUACGUUAUUCAAUUCUGAAUGUCCUUCUACACACUCCUGAAAACCUUGGUCUAGUUUUCAAAAAGUAUUUAGAUAUUCAUAGCUAUGCAGAGAUGCUUUCUAGAGUUUUUUGAGAUGGUGCUGGGUGUUAAUUAUAUGAAUGGCAAUCUUAUUUGUUACUCUGAAGCUACCAGUUGGCUGUUCUGUAAAUAUACCAUCAGUUGAAAGAUAUUGUGACUGUUACCAAAGAGCGGAAUGGGUAAGGGAAGCCAAGUUAUGUCUUUGUUUCUAACUCAAGUUUUUAUAAAUGUAUUUAUUAUUCUUGAAAAAAUAGAGUGUUAACUGGG